ACUCGAAAAUGUAACUUUACAAAAAAAAAAAAUACAUUAUUUUUUAUCUUUUAUUGCAGACAGAAACCAAUCGUGAACGAGGGAGCUAUCGUGCAACAGGCAAGGGGCGCAUUUAAAUCCAGACAGCUUGUCUCCACACAACACUACAGCCGUGUUAUAUACAAAGCACAAUAAAAAAAGAAAGAAAAACAACAAAUACAAAUAUUCUUUUAAACACAUUUGCACAAAAUAAAAUUUUCACUCUCAAACGAUAUCACGGAAUAUAAAGCAAAACUUAUCUUAAAGCUCUUAAAGCUCUCAAAGCCUCAUUCCUUCGGUUGCUUAAAAUCUUAAAAUCUUAAAAUCUUCAAAUCUGCAAAUCUCACUCUCAUCGUUCUUCAGUCGCUCCAACUAUAUAAGAUUCAUUAUUUCGUCAUUUUUUCACUCUCUUGGAGUUCUAAGCUUAGAAGCUCCGACUCCGACGGGGAGUCUUGAAAAAUUCGCGAAAAAUGUCUGCGGAUUCACCAAGACGUUCAUCAGGUGCCCGUGGUUUAGCAGUGCCAGCUACAGUUCCGCCACAGGUGGUUAGUGAUCGUUCGAUAUUAGAUUCAGCAAUUGGCUUUAUCAAUGAUGUUACAUUGGCACAUCAACCACAUACAGAGUCAAAGGAUACCAUCACUUGGGCGCGAUUUGAAUACGCAGCGGAUAUAAGUGAUCCACGUUUUGGUGAAGAUUGGGAACUGGAAGGUAAUGUUGCUCCACCAUUGCUAUUAAUACUUGGUUAUGGAUUAGGCGUACAGGUAUGGGCUAUACCAGCAAAUGGUGAAGCAGUUGAGGUGCUUUCCUGGCGUCAUGGUAUAGUAUCUGCUUUACGUGUGCUGCCAACUCCUUCUCCAACGGUAGCUAUUGAAGAGCAUGGUCGUGCUGAUGAAUAUUUUGAUUCGUUUGCUGAUAAGCGACCACUUAUCGCAUUGGUGGAAGGCAGCAGUUCUAGUUCGCAACCACAAUUCUGUGCUGUAAAUUUUAUAUCACUUAAGACUGGUACACAAGAAAAGACGAUCAAAUUCAAGAAUCCUGUGCUUGAUAUACUCGCCAAUCGCUCCGCCAUUAUUAUAACCCUUCACGAGCGCAUUGCUGUGUUUGAUGCACGUACUUUAGAUGAUCGCCUAUCAAUAACGACGUGUUAUCCAAGUCCAGGCAUAAAUCCUAAUCCAGUUGCGCUUGGACCACGCUGGUUGGCGUAUGCCGAACAAAAGCUUUUGCAUUCAAAACGUAGUGGUGGUGGUUGUGAUGGAGAGGGAGUUGCUAGUUACACAGCAACUGUUUUAAAUGCUGCUAAGUCCUUUGGCAAAGGUCUACGUGAAUUGGGUGAACAAGUAGCAGCAGGAUUCACAGGUACUGCUACCAGUGGCAGCACCUCAAAAAAUAAUAGUUUUGAUUCAAGCAGUGGCCUUGAUGGUAAACAAGCCGGAGUUAUCACUAUAAUGGAUAUAAAACAUCCACUACGAGACUACAGUCCCGUUUCGGGCACACCUAUGUCUGGACAAGCGGGUAGCGAUCCCAUAGUAGCACAUUUUGUUGCUCACUCAGAAGCUUUGGUUGCAAUGGAAUUUGAUAAUUCAGGCAUGCUGUUGUUGACUGCUGAUCGUCGUGGUCAUGACUUUCAUGUUUUCCGUAUACAACCGCAUCCGGUCGGUUCGAGUUUAGCAGCAGUACAUCACCUUUAUGUUUUGCAUCGCGGUGAUACUAGUGCUAAAGUGCAAAAUGUAUCGUUUUCAUUAGAUUCACGUUGGGUAGCAGUAUCCACACUACGUGGCACAACACAUGUAUUUCCAAUUACUCCAUAUGGUGGAGCGAUUGGAGUACGCACACACACUUCGCUUCAUGUGGUAAAUAAACUAUCACGUUUUCAUCGUUCAGCUGGUCUAUCUGGUGAAGGUCGUUCCAGUUCGCCAAUUUCUCAUUCAGAAAGUACAACGUUCGUGCAAUCGUUACAACCGUAUCAUAAUCCAACAUUACCACCGUUUUCACGCCCUGUUGUAGUAUUACCAUUGACACAAUUACGUCAGCCGUUUGCACUUGGCUCUCCGCCGGGCUCUGCAGCAUUGGGUAUAAGUGGUAAGUCUGGAAGUGGUGCUGGUACGGGUGCAUCGCAGAGACAGCGAUUAUCCUCACUUUCUGAUGACAACGGCAAACCGUUAAGUGUUUGUGCUAUUUUCGCAAAAUCACGUUCUUGGCUGUUAGAGCCGCCAAAUGCAACCCGGGAGGCACCCCAUCGUAUACAACGUAAAGCUGUUGAUUCGCUUUUUAUUAUGGCUGGACAUGGUGCACUCAUACAAUAUGAUUUGGACACCAAACUUGCCUCAAAUGUUGCCAAAGAGAAGAUUUGUGAUGAUACGCCUAUCGAACUUGAAGUUGAAGCUAAAGCUCAAUGGAAUCUAGGCAGACGUAAGGAAGGAUCUCAUGAAAUAACGCCACCGCUAUCUGUAGAUAAUUGGUUAAUAAAAGACCGUAAUUCUUGCAUGCUUACCGAUAGUACAAGACAAUUUGAUGAUGGAGAUGAUCAAACUGAAAGUUGGCUCUCUCAAGUUGAAAUUAUUACACAUGCUGGACCCCAUAGACGUUUGUGGAUGGGUCCACAAUUCGUAUUUAAAACAUAUAACACUCCAAGCGGGUCUAACUUAAGCCACGUCGAUGCUGAAGCAGUUGAAAUUGGUAUUUGUAAAACUGCUACUAGCAACACUUCUGCAACUGCAACUACUCGCGAACGUUCGAGCCCUUUAAAUAUGCCAUUAACCGCCACAGGACGUUCAGCGGUGCCAGUGCUUAUUGAAUCAGGUUCAUACAGUAGCAUAGAGCAAAGCCCAAAAUUAAUGGAUCGUUUUCGUCACGAGCAUUUGGACUCUGAAUUCACGCAUGGCGGUGAUUCACGUUUAAAGGAAGAUCUGGCGGAUGCUAUGCGAGAAUCACCUUCAGUUUCUUCGCAUAAGGAUACUGGUCGAAAUAGCUCUGACGCGGCUUCCUGUGACAAUGCACCAUUUUAUGAUGCAGUUGCGGAACACGAACACUUCGAUGAGGAUCAUGGUUUAGACCUGAACAGGCCCUCCUCGGCAGCAGCAACAGUUUUAGCGAGCAUGUUACCGAAUAUAUAUUCGUAUGAAACAAGUUCUAGUUACGAGUCAUUGGACUCACUUAAGAAACCUUCAAUAGAGAAAAUUGUAAAUCCUUUAGGUACCGUUACAACUAUAACUUCAGGCAUGACAACUGAAGUGAAAACUGACAUGUUAGAUGAGGUUGUGUCUCAGUUAGCAGCUGAAGAGUGUGUGAUACAUGAAAACUGUGAUGAGUCGCUCUUUCGUCCGGUUGUUGCAAUAUUUUGUGAUGAAAAUACCAGAAAGCGUGACGAAGAAGCGGCACGCAAAAAUUUGGAACUGUGCAAACCGCCAGAGGUGAUAGGCAAUAAGUUGAUUGUACCUGUAAUAGCUAAAGAAGUAGAUGCAGAACUAAGUAAAAAAGAGAAACAAAAAUUGGAUGCUAAAUCAAAAAUGCAGAGACGGGAACAAGAAAAAGAAUUAGCUGCACAAACUAAAUGUAUUGAAUUAUCAAGUGUGAAUAAGAAAACAAAUUUGAAGCAGGAAGAAGAUAAACAAGAAAAUGUAGAAAAUAUGAAAACAGUUCCCGUAAAAUUGGAGAAUAAAAAAUUAUGUGUUUCAGAUAAUAGAGAAGUAGAAGAGAAGAAAAAAAUUGAUGAGAACUUGCAAAAGAAAAUAGAACUAGACAAAAAAGAAAUGAAAAUAGUAAAAAUUGAGAAAAAGAGUGUUAAUCUCAAGUGCACUGGUUCUGUACCAAUAUUGAAAACCAAUUUAUCCUGUCAAAAAGAUCCAGUAGCUACAAAAACCUUUAAACCUCCAGAGCUUAAAGAAACUACGAAGAAAUGCAUAGAGUCAGUACCUAAGAGUAAAAAUGAAAAUAUUUGUGUUAUAACAAAACUGCCUCGAAAAAAUGAUAAAGUUGACACCUCAAAAGGUGAUAAAAAACCUGCUUCCGAGAGCGAAAUACAACUUCUGGAGAACAAGGAAAAUAAAGCCGUUGAGAGUAAAAAAGUAGAAAUUAGUACCACAAACGCGGAAAUGAAACCAAUAAGCAGUGAGGAAUUACACAGUUCUAAAUUAAAAUCAAAGGACGUAAAGGAGGAGAUAAAAUGUACUUCAGGUAAAAUUGAAUCUGAAGAACACAAUGUUGAUGAUAUGCCGAUGGAUGAAGAUAAAACAAAACAAACUGCCGAUAAUGCAAUAUUAAGCGCAAAUAUAAAAACUGCCGCAGCUGGGAAUGUAGAAAUUUCUAAAGCUGAAAUAAAAACUAAAUCCACAACUCCGAAAGCCUAUCCCUGUGAGAACUCGAAAGACACCAAAUUAAGCACAAAAUCAACAAAAUCAACACCACCACAUGAAGAAGAAGCAGAAGCAAAAGCAGAAUCCAAGGAAUCACAAGUCAAGACCGAACAAUUAAAUAAGAAAAGAUUAGCAGAUAGUUUGAUAGAUUUGAAGAAUACAAAAAAAGAAGUACCUGCUAAAGAAAUUAUAAACGUUAACAAAUUGAAUAAGCAGUUGAACGUAGUAAAAACUGUUGUUAGUGAUAAAGUGAAAAUGACAAAACCUACACUUAUAGAACCUAAUAAAACGAGUUGGCAAAAUAAACAAAAGUCAAAUGAAUCCGCAUCAAAUUCAAAAACUAAAAUUUUGGUAACUACUCAGCCAAUUAUCAGGAGGGUGAUGAGCGCUUCAGACAUGAAGCCUCCAUUCGAUAGAUAUUCCGACUGCAAUGAUGUAUCAGAUAAUGAACUUGAUGAUUCAUUGGUCUUACCUACUCCAAUUUGGAAAAAACAUCAUUUUGUAGAUGAUACGGAAGAAUCUUCCGAUGAAUCUUCAUUAAUACCGAUAGAUGAAGCCGAACUAGCCAUUGCAAUAAGAAUGCGCGAAUUAGCAGCGCUAAGUGAUAAUGAUGAUACUGAUGAUGAUGAAGAUGAUAUCAUAGAUGAAAGCGUUAUAGAUGAUCUUUCUCCAUCUGCCAUAAAAGACAAUGCAAAUAAGGAAAUAUCAAAGGAAGAUAAAGAAGUUACAACACUUUGUGACAAAAAAGAACCAAUUACUUUAAUUCUUUCAGAUACAUCAAAAGAAUCUAAAGGAGCCAUAAAGAAAGAACUUAAAGAUACUGCAAAUAAAUCGGCUAAUAAAAAAACUGAAAGUUCUACAGAGGAAGAUAUUGUGACUACAAGUAAGGUAGCUAUAUCUUAUGAAAGUAAACUUUUUUCUGAUAAUGAAAGUAUAGUGAAAAAGUCUGUUGAUAAAACAGAUACUACACAGUCACAAGCGAAAAAACCAACAAAUGUAGGAAAAGUUAAGGUUACACCUCCUUCUUCUCCCAAAAACAAAUCGAAAGACAUAAAAGUAAGUGCAAAAAAAGAAGAUCCAAAAAUAAUUACUGAGCAACCUAAACUAACACAAAAUAACUCACUGAAACUAAGUAAAACUGUAACUGAAAGUGCAGAAGUACAAAGUGCACAGUCUAUUGAUGUCACAGAUGCUUGUGUAAAUUCACUCAAAAUGUCUCCAGUUAAAGAGAAGACAUUAAAUGCUAAGCCCCAGUCUCCGAAAAAGCAACAAUUAGCAUCAAAUACAAUGAAAAUAAAGGAUAUUUCUACUCCUCCACCCAUAACUUCCCCCUGGAAGACCUUAAGUGGAGCUGAUUUAAUAAGCAAAAAUUUAUCGAGUUUUAGCAGUGCAGUCACUAAUGUUGAAGAUAGCUUUCCCAGUCUCGGCAAAUCAAAUAAAAAUAAAAAAGUAUGCAAAUCAAUUUUUAAUGAUUUCGAAACAGCAGUUACAGAUAAUUUAGGAAAACUUCUGUUAGAUUUACCAACACCUGUAAAGUCAUCGGACAACUUUACAGAAGCGCCACCAAAAGAAAGUAGAAAGAGAAAAAAACCUUCGUCAGUCGACUUUAAGGAUUUUCCUAUAUUGAAGCCAUUGGAAUCAUUAUCCCCUUUACCUGCGCUAGAACCUUUAGAAAUCAUUUCAGGCGCUAUAACCAAACAAAAGACUCUUAAUGAUACAAAUGAAUUAAAACCCUCUCUUGCUGAACAAGUCAGUCUUAUUAGUUUUGAAUCUCCACUUCAGGAGAAUCCAGCGUUAACACGUAAAAUCACGCCACCGCCACGUGGUUUCACCGAACAAAAUUUAAUAUUUGCAUUAUGUGGUUCUUUGCAUUAUGAAAACGAAAAUGGAAAAUCGUCGACCGAAAAAACACAUACCCCCACAGUCUCCGUGACAAGGUCAGACUCGAUACAUGGGGAAUUCUCAAAUGCUGAAUAUAAACCUCUAACUAAAAAUGAUGAGCAAUAUAUAAGUUUAGAUCAAUGCUCUCAAGAAAGAAAUUUGAAGAGCACAGCAAUUAAAACUAACGAUAAUCUGACAAGUUCUCCGAAUUCUUCUGCAUCGGAAGAGAUUAUUGUGCUUGAAGAGAAAAAGAUGAGUAAAAAGCAAAGACGUAAAAAACAGCAAACAGAAUUACAAAAGCAAAAAGAGCAGCACAACAACAGUAGCGCUGCCGAUGAGGAUGAAGAAUUACGUCCAUUAAUCAAUAUGUCUGAUUCACAUCUAGAGAACUAUGUGGACACAUUAGUGGCAAGCGAUCACUUCGCCAUGUCAUCCUCACACAUACCAACUACACGCACGACACAGUUACUCGAUGAUAUUAUUGGUAUAAAGCAGCCUACUGCUUCUACUUCUUUAUUUGCAUAUUCUACAACUACCGAUAGUGAAGGGCCUAUGCCAGCUACCACUUCCGACGAUAAUGUUGUGUAUACUUUGCCCAGCAACACAAGUUCAAUACCCAAUAAGAUGAAAACUAAGAAAUUGGAACAUAAAAUAAAUCUCAUAGCUGCGAUUGAAGCGGCAACCUCAUCUUCAACUUCUUCGGCUGAAGAGAGCGGUGUUGAGAGCGGUAAUAUACGUGUAGGCGACUUAUUAUCGUUGAGUGCUACUCCGAUUCUCUCUCUACCACAAUCUUCAGCAGUUGCUGCGCAGCAGAGUGCAAUAAAGAAGAAGACAAAACGACGCAAGAGAUAAGAAUUAGCGAUUUGUUUGAUUUGUAUUUUUUGUGUGGUCAUCACGUACUAUUUGUAUUUAAUAUAUUUUAGUAAUGGGCGUGGGCAUGGGAAACCAAUGUUUGCCGAUGACAAUAGUUUGGCCACUGCAGAAGAGUAAAACAAACAUUUUAAGCUAAGAUUAACGUUUGUUUUCUGUUUUAUAUUUUCAAUAAUUUACUAUUUUUUUUUUCCAUUAUUAAAUUCUGUAACUUAUUUAUGUUAAACUGUCAGAUUUGCCAGUUUCGUUUCUCUUUUAUCGAUAAGUUUUCUAUCGAAUUUAUUUUAUUAUUUGAUUUCUUCUUAUUAAUAUUUAAUUUUUUUUUAAAUAUUAUCACUUAUAUUUAUUUUUAAUUAAGUGCUUCAUGUUACAAAAAUCUUUCUCUUAUUAGUCCUUCAUUGGAUUUUUCUCUCCGUUUCCACCUAGAUCCCUUACCAUUUUUUCCAGAAUUAGUAGAUUACAAGUUUAUUAUUGGAACUAAAUUAUACGUUUUGGCCAAAAACAAACUUAUGUGUGACAGUCAAUCAAUAGUGUGAGCACUCGAGAUAUUUAUAUAUAUAGAAUGAAGUUCUUCUCUUUAUAUCGUAGCUCAUAUAUUGCUCAUUGUCACAUAUAUUAUAGUUAAAAAAAUACAAAUUCAAACAAAUCCAUUGGAAAAGAUAAAUUUGUGAGAACAAAUUUUUUUAAAAAAAAUAAUUUUUAUAAAUUAUCAAGAGAAUGGCAUAAAUGUUAUAUAAAAUUAAAUUAACAAUCAUGUAUUGUAAUUAAGAUCGUUUGGAAUAUUUCACUUAACAAAGCCGUGUUCACUAACACGGAUUAUAUAAUUCAAGUAGAAUUGUGACUAUAUCUGUUCAACAUAAAGUACUAUUAUUUUUUUUUCUCUACAAAUUCAAAACUCAUACUCCAUUUUUUUCGAAUUUCAGUAACCUUUGCUGAUAAAAGCGUUUAUUUUAUCAUCCGAUUUCAAACUAAUACAUAUUAGUUGCAUUAGUUGAAAGGGUCUUGAUCGUAUUAACUAUUUGAUCAUAUCUACGCACUACAAAAGAUUUAUAUUAAUUGGAAGAAUCUAAAAAAUAGUGUACAUUUGGGGUCAUCUGAGAUCCUACAAUAAUAUUUCUAACAUUUAUUAUACUUGCGAUCAACAUUGACUAAAAUCUAUUUAUAAAUAAAAAUAUCUAUA